CGGAACGAGAAGCCAAUGGGCGCGCAGCUUGCAAGAGGCGGGACUUCCGUCAACGAAGUCUUGGUGAGCGGCUGCGCGAGGAAAGUCACUUCCUUUCUCGUGCGGCGGCGAAAGUGGAGAGAGCGCCAUGAAGGCCUCGGGCACAGUAAGCUGCGAGAGUACAAGGUGGUGGGGCGCUGCCUGCCCACCCCCAAAUGUCGCACUCCGCCCCUGUAUCGCAUGCGAAUCUUUGCACCUAAUCACGUCGUCGCCAAGUCCCGCUUUUGGUACUUUGUGUCUCAGCUGAAAAAGAUGAAGAAGUCCUCAGGGGAAAUCGUCUACUGUGGACAGGUGUUCGAGAAAUCCCCCUUGCGAGUGAAGAACUUCGGCAUCUGGCUGCGCUAUGACUCGAGAAGCGGCACCCACAACAUGUACCGGGAGUACCGGGACCUGACCACCGCGGGCGCCGUCACCCAGUGCUACCGAGACAUGGGUGCCCGACACCGUGCCCGAGCGCACUCGAUCCAGAUCAUGAAGGUGGAGGAGAUGGCAGCCAGCAAGUGCCGCCGGCCAGCAGUCAAGCAGUUCCACGACUCCAAGAUCAAGUUCCCACUGCCCCACCGGGUUCUGCGUCGCCAGCACAAGCCACGCUUCACCACCAAGAGGCCCAACACCUUCUUUUAGGUGCAGAGCCUCCGUGUGUCUCCAGGUCUGCCCGAAUAAACUUCUUGGGAAAACCA